UCUACUAAUAUUAUCCCAAUUACAUCCGUUUCUUUCUUUACUAAAACUAAGGCGCAAGCGUGUUGUGAAUCCCGUGAGGCAUCCCGGGUAGAAUUACGUAUUGUCACGUGACUUGAGAAAUCCGUAGAAGAUGGCUGCGCCCUGGAGCACGAUGCUAAUUUAGGGGACUUGUUGCUGUAACUUUAUUUUUAAUUCGAAAUCGAAGCAGAUUGUGUCAGUAUUAAGUAUGAAGACGUUUUGUGGACGACCAAACCCUACAACCGGGGUUUUGGAAUGGAUUGCAGAAGACGAGGAAUAUGAUUAUCAUCAAGAGAUAGCAAGGUCAUCUUAUGCUGAUAUGCUGCACGACAAGGACAGAAAUGUAAAGUAUUUCCAGGGUAUUCGAGCAGCAGUGAAGCGAAUAAAAUCACGUGAAGAACGUGCUAUAGUAUUGGAUAUUGGUACAGGUACAGGUCUGCUCUCCAUGAUGGCAGUCACGGCAGGUGCUGAUUUUUGUUAUGCAGUGGAGGUGUUCAAACCAAUGGCUGAAGCUGCUGAAAAGAUUGUGCAGAAGAAUGGUUUUGCUGAUAAGAUCAAAAUUAUUAAUAAACACUCAACCAGUGUCACUGUAGGACCAGAGGGUGACAUGCAGUGCAAAGCAAACAUCCUGAUAACAGAACUAUUUGACACUGAACUAAUUGGAGAAGGGGCCUUGCCAAGCUAUGAGCAUGCACAUAAAUAUCUUGUUGAGAUGGGAUGUGAAGCGGUGCCACAUAGAGCGACCAUCUUUGCCCAGCUAGUCCAGUCGGAGCGUCUGUGGAGCUGGAAUCACAUCAACCCUAUAAAUGUUGGUGGAGUUCAGAUUGUUUCAUCUUCAAAAUUGAAGCUUUGUGCUGGAGCCCCUUCUGUAUGUGACAUCCAGCUUAGCCAGGUGCCCACUGGAGACUUCCAGCCUCUCAGUGCCAUACUACCAAUGUUCAGUAUUGAUUUCAGUUGUCCAGUGAGUAGCAGUCCAGCAAAGCACAUCCACAAAUUCCCUGCCAUUCAUUCUGGCUCUGCUCAGGUUGUCUUGUCUUGGUGGGAUAUCGAUAUGGUCCCAGAUGGUAGCAUAACUUGCACAAUGGCACCAGCAUGGGCUCACCCUGAUCCAGAGAACGUUCCAUGGCGGGAUCACUGGAUGCAGUGCGUAUAUUUCCUUCCCACAGAAAAAUCAGUGAAAGAAGGGGAGACUUUCGAGUUAACUGCUUUUCAUGAUGAUUAUAGCCUUUGGUACAAUAUUCAUUCUGAAAUCUCUUGCAGCAGUGAUAAAGAAAUUCAGUAUUCAAGACCAACCUGCACUUGCCAGGCACACAUGGUAUGGACACGACCACGAUUUGGGGAACUCAAUGACGCCCAACGGACAGACUGCUACAUCCGUGCAUUGCAAACAGUCCUGAUGCCUGAUGAUCUGUGCUUGAGUGUGAGCGAUGGAAGUCUGCUGCCAAUCUUUGCUUGUGUUCUUGGUGCACAGAAGGUAUACAGUCUGGAAAGCUUUGGCAUGGCUCAUAAAGUAAUAGAGCAGGUUAUUGCUGCCAACAAUCUUACUGGAACAAUUCAUCUUUUGGAUAGUCGGCCCGAGCUCUUAACUUCAGAAAGUUUUGGAGGUGAAAAGGUAUCGGUGCUAAUUGGAGAGCCCUUCUUCACUUCUUGUUUGCUGCCCUGGCACAGUCUGUAUUUCUGGUAUUGCCGCACUGCCCUUUCUCAGCAUUUAGAAGAUGAUGCCACUAUCAUGCCUCACUCUGCAUCACUUUUCAUGGUUGCCGUGGAAUUUAAGGAUCUGUGGAGAAUAAGAAGUCCUUGCGGCACAUGUGAAGGGUUCGAUGUGAGUGUGAUGGAUGAGAUGAUUCAGAAAUCAUUGGAUUUCAGGGAAUCCAAGGAAGCAGAACCACAUCCUCUAUGGGAAUAUCCAUGUUGGGCAGUCUCAGAGCCAAAAGAGGUCAUGACCUUUGACUUCCGCCAACAUGUUCCAGCAAAUGAGUUGAACUGUCAAGGAAUUUUACAACUGCAAAGGGAGGGUCACUGUCAUGGGGUGGUUUUGUGGAUGGACUAUCAUUUAACUGAUGACAUAACAGUGAGCACUGGACUGGUGCAGCCACCUAAUAAACAGGAUCACUGCAAAUGGAAUCUGUACCACAAGCAAGCAGUUUACUUCUUCAGGUCAGCUUUGGAGAUCACAGAAGAGAAAAUCUGCGUAGUUGAUUACAGUCUUACCUUUAAACCUACCUCUGGUGAUAUAACCAUGAAUUUUGAACCACAACAAGCCAGAGAUGCAAACAUUUAAUAGAAACUAUACUUUUAGGAAAGAAUUAUAUACUCUAACAGUAUAUGGUAUUAAAAACUGAAUAAGGUUUUGAGUCAUUGUGGAUUUACAAUUGUCAAAGGAAUAAGCCUGUCACAAGUAUGUAAGCAGAAA